UUUAAUUCGAAUAUUAUUUUAGAAAAAAAUUUUAUUUUGAAGAAGUAUUGUUCGAUAAACAUUAAUCUAGCAAACACUAAAUUACAUAUAAUGUAAACGUUAAUUGUAAUUUUCCAUUCAACAAUGUAACUGUUAUAUAACACACGUGUUAUAUUGUUGAAUUAGAAAUUACAACUAACGUUUAUAUUACGUGUAACUCCGUGUUUUCUGGAAAAAUAUCAUUUGAAGGUAACAUUUCUUUCAUGGACACAGAAAACGCAAUGUGACACAAACAAAAAAAAUAGCAAAAAAUAAUUUUAAAUAAUUUUAUUAAUAUUUUUCUGAUGUUUUUCAAAACAUGAGCAUUUUGCAAUGUCAUAUCUAAUAUAAUUGGUUCAGUUUAUCUCUUUUUUUUCCCCUUGAAGUGGCGUAGAAACAUGUCAGUUGAGAGCACUAUUUUUCGUCGCGUCAGAUUUCAUGUAUUUUUUAAAUUAAUUUUAAUGGGAAGUUUGAAAUGUAGCACAGCUAAGAUAAACAGAUCCAAAAACAUGCGUGUCUUGCUUUAUUUUGACGUGCUCCAUCCGCCAACGAGUCUGCGCGCUGCAGGAGAUUUCUGUUUGGCUUUUCCCGGCAGCGACGGAUACACCUAUUCCCGUCAGUCACGUGGAGAACUUUCGCGGGUAAAGAUCGCGUUCUUUUGUCGGCCUUUUCUUCAUCAGUGGUGUAAAAAAAAAAAAGCAAGUAUCAAGACAGAAAAAAGAGAGAGAGGGGCAUUCGGAUUCAUCACAGUUCAACGUACAUUUUUAAUAUCGCCGCCAGAGGCUGUCAUAGCAGAGAACAUCUCAUUGUGGAGGGAAGCGAUCGACCCAAAAAACAUCGGCAUGUUACAAUUACGCCGAGCAAGCGUCACGACGAUGAUGGAAGCGGUGACGUGACAAAAAUCGAGGUGGUGCUCGAGGAAGCACCGGACGCUGUCAUCGUCGGUUCCAUGUCAUCGGAAUUGGAAGCCACCACUGAACUCAAUUCUACCUUUCCCGACGGGAUCGCAGGAACAGGUGCGGUAGUGGUGCGAGCCGAGGAGGCCCUGAUCGUCAUUCUUGUUCUGGUCCUGUGGGUGGCUGCCAUCGCUCUGUUUUUCAAUCGAUGGGGCAAGAUCCGCAUGCUCGAGCCGUACCAACCAAAAUUUCAACAGCAACACAGACAAAGCUGCACCAUGAUCGACCCGAACUCACUCCAGUGUUUAGUAACAGGUGCAGUAUUAUUGUUGGCGACGGGAGGCGGUAUGCCAAUUGGUUACAGCGCUGUGUUGUUGCCGCAAUUAUCAGAAAAGAAUAACAGUACCUUGUAUGUGGAUCGCGAACUCGGCUCCUGGAUAGGUAAGAAUGCACAAAUUCUUUUAUUCUUCGUAAAGAAACAUAAAUCAGUACUGGUAGGAGAAACGGCAUAUCCAGGUCUUCGUGGAUUUCUGGUUGUUGGCUCGUUUGCCUCAUACUGUGCCGGUAUCCUGCUGGUUUAUGCUCUCGGCGCUUCUUUUAAUUGGGACGUCGUGGCCUUCUAUGCUAUUAUACUACCUAUUGCGGCCUUUAUUGCUCUAUGUUUGGUGCCCGAAAGUCCUGCCUGGCUUGUUAGGCGGAAAAAAAUUAAUGAAGCCAAGAAAGCUCUUUUAUGGCUCCGAGGGGGUAAUGUCGAACAGAUGAACGAGGAGAUAGAGCUCUUAAGCGUAAGCAUGAAAGUCAAUCUCACUAGAACGCCUGUAGAUACUUCGUUCAAGAAGAAAAUCUCCGCGGCGAUAUCUACAAUUCGAGAUCCAGGCGUGCUGAAACCAUUGAUCAUUAUUAACGUGUUUAACACACUUCAAUUGAGCAGCGGAACAUAUGUUAUCGUUUUUUAUGCCGUUGAUAUGGUCAAGGACAUAGGCGGCGGCAACGUAGAUAAUUAUUUGGCGGCUGUGGUAACAGCGGUUAUCAGAUUUAUUUUUUCCCUCGUCUCCUGUGUUUUGUUACUUAAAAUGGGCAGGCGAGUCUUAGGCAUUGUUUCAGCACUCGGCACAGCUUUAGCUUCAUUGAUCCUCGCGGGAUACAUGAUUGCCAGGCAGGAAGGGUCUUCCGUAGAUGCCUAUGUACUGGCUGUAUGCUUGUUGUUUUAUGUUGGUGCAAAUACCGUGGGCUUACUAACACUUCCUGGAUUGAUGACCGGCGAACUGAUGCCUUUAAGAGCUCGAGGCAUUGGUGGCGGAUGCAUCUUCUUUAUUUUUAAUCUACUUUUGUUCUUUAUUACUAAAUGUUUCCCAUGGUUAAAUAGUGCAGUUGGCACAACGGGAAUCUUCAUUAUCUUUGGUGUUUUCGCUCUUUUAGAAGCUAUCUUUAUUUAUCUUGCUCUACCAGAAACAAAAGAUUGUUCGCUUCAAGAAAUUGAGGAUUACUUUCAAGAAAGUAAUAUCCUAUGGAUAACCAGAACAAAAGCGAAGAGAAGAGAUACAAAUGUACCUGUGAAAGAAGAACCUAUUUCUUUCAUUCCUCUACGUGAAUGAAAAUAAAAAUAAGUCUAGAAUUUAUACAUGGCUGCGAUAAUAUUUAAUUUAUAAGAUAUAAUUGUACAUUUUUAAUAAUUUAAGGUAUUUCUGUAAAAAUAUUACACAUAUCAAAUAUUGUGGAAAUAUGUGCGAUUAGUUGUGCUAAUGAAAAUUGCGGAACAGUGAUUAUAUACGUUCUUUAU